AUGUCAGGUAGUGUGAUAGCAGGUCGAGUCCGACCACGGAAAAUGUUUUCUUGGCUUGGUGGUGAUUCUUCUAAGAAAAAACAUCAAGAGGUUAGCAGCAUUAUUCAUGCAUCUGCUGCUGAUAUUUCUACUGCUGCUACUAAUACUACUACUAAUAAUAAUGGUACCAAAAGACCUAGAUUUAAUAAACAUCUCAAACAGGUUCUUGAAACAGUCAGUGAUGGAUUACGGAAGAUUUACAAGCAAAAAUUGUUACCACUGGAAGAAUACUAUAAGUUCCAUGAAUUUCAUUCUCCAGCUUUAGAUGAUCCCGAUUUCGAAGCGAAACCUAUGAUCCUGUUGGUAGGGCAAUACUCAACAGGAAAAACUACGUUUAUUCGCUAUUUAUUGGAGGAAGAUUUUCCGGGCAUUAGAAUAGGACCAGAACCAACUACUGAUCGUUUUAUUGCUGUCAUGUGGGGUGAAGAUGUGGGCUCGAUUCCUGGAAAUGCGCUUGUUGUCGAUGCUAAGAAGCAAUUCAGAGCGUUAAGCAAGUUUGGAAAUGCAUUCUUAAACCGAUUCCAGUGUUCAACAUUGAACAAUGAAGUAUUGAAAAGUGUUACAGUUGUAGACACACCUGGAAUAUUAAGUGGUGAGAAACAAAGGAUUGAUCGUGGAUACGAUUUUACUGGUGUUCUAGAAUGGUUUGCAGAGCGUGUUGAUCGCAUUAUUUUGUUGUUCGAUGCUCAUAAGUUGGAUAUUUCAGAUGAAUUUAAACGCUGUAUUGAAGCGCUCUCAGGGAAUGAAGACAAAAUCAGAAUUGUCUUGAAUAAGUCAGAUAUGGUUGAUCACCAGCAGUUAAUGCGUGUUUAUGGAGCGCUAAUGUGGUCUUUAGGAAAAGUUUUCAAAACUCCAGAAGUAUCAAGAGUAUAUAUUGGUACAUUUUGGGAUCAUCCACUGCAUUACGACAUAAAUCGGAGACUUUUUCAAGAUGAACAACAUGAUUUGUUUGCUGAUUUGCAAGCGUUGCCUAGGAAUGCAGCUUUGAGGAAACUCAAUGAUUUGAUCAAAAGAGCUAGGCUUGCUAAGGUACAUGCAUAUAUUAUUGCAGAAUUACGGAAACAAAUGCCUUCAAUGAUUGGUAAGGAAAAGAAAAAGAAGGAACUUAUACAAAAUCUUGAUAAAAUAUUUGAACAACUUCAGCGUGAACAUAAUAUGUCUGCUGGAGAUUUUCCUGAUAUUAACAAGAUGCGUGAACGUUUGCCAGAUUAUGAUUUUACGAAGUUCAAUGCUAUAAAACCUAAAUUAUUAGAUGUUGUUGAUGGAAUGUUGGCAUCUGAUAUUGCUCGGUUAAUGGCUCAGAUUCCCAAAGAAGAAAAUGUCCCAAUUUCAAAUGGUUUACCUUAUUCAUAUCAAACAGAAGUUCAUGGUGGUGCUUUUGAUCAAGUCGCCGAGUCGGAAACUCCAUUUGGUUUCGGUAAAGGCGAAGGUUUUGACAAGGGUGCCAACGAAUCUGGUUGGGUGGUGACUCGUGAAAGAUGUAAAGCUGAUGAAAUAUUCAGUGGGUUAGAUCCUAUAGAUGGCAAAAUAACUGGUCGAAUAGCAAAAGAGCAUAUGGUUAAAUCGAAAUUACCGAAUUCUGUGUUAAGUAAAAUAUGGAAUUUAUCAGAUGUGGAUAAAGAUGGAAUGCUGGAUAGUGAUGAAUUUGCUCUUGCAAAUUAUUUAAUAAAUUUGAAACUUGAAGGACAUGAAUUGCCAGCGGAAUUACCAAAACAUCUAAUUCCUCCAUCAAAGCGUGCAGAAGACCCUAUAUACCCAACAUUAGAAUCUUGA